GUCAUGUGAUGGGCGGAGGCAGAGAGGGAGGGAAGGUGGGUGAAGCCGGAAGACGAAGGCCAGCAAAAUCCCAGCAGGAGAGAUGAGCGGCUUGGGGAAGCUUUUCGGGAAGGGUAAGAAGGCCAAAGCGCCCACCCCGCAAGAGGCCAUCCAGAAACUGCGGGAGACCGAAGAGGUGCUCGUCAAGAAACAGGAGUUCCUGGAGCAGAAGAUACAGCAGGAGCUCCAAGCAGCCAAGAAACAUGGGACCAAGAACAAGAGGGCGGCUUUGCAGGCCCUCAAGCGGAAAAAGCGCUAUGAACAGCAGCUGGGACAGAUCGAUGGCACCCUCUCCACCAUCGAGUUCCAGCGGGAGGCGCUGGAGAACGCCACCACCAACACCGAAGUGCUCAAGACCAUGUCGGAUGCAGCGCGGGCCAUGAAAGAGGCCCACCAGCACAUGGACAUCGACAAGGUGGACGACCUGAUGUCCGAGAUCACAGAGCAGCAAGACAUCGCCCAGCAGAUCUCUGAUGCCAUCUCCAAGCCUGUCGGCUUCGGGGACGACGUCGACGAGGAUGAGCUACUGGCUGAGCUGGAAGAGAUGGAACAGGAAAGCCUGGACAAGGAGCUUCUGAACGUGGGGGAGCCAACCCCCGUCCUUCCCAGCGUGCCUGCCUCUCACCUUCCCAGCGUCCCAGCCUCGAAAAUGCCCGUGGAUGACGACGACGACGACGAAGAAAUGAAGCAGCUCGCCGCCUGGGUGUCGUGAGGCGUGACGGGGAAUUCGCACUCGCCUCUCCCCCGUUUCCUCUUUGAGGGGCGGGGGGAUGAAGACCUUUCUCCUUCAGCUCCAGAUUCUGGGAGGGGUAAUGGGCCAGACAACCCUGCCCGAAAUAACCUUAUGUGCCGAAUGUAAAGAGUUUUAUAGACAGAUUCAUAUAUGAACAGAUUCUAUUAUGGGGG